UCUCAUCAGUGAAUAGCUUGGAAUCGCAGCAAUGGCGGCUUCUUCUUCCUCAGUUCGUUCCAGAGAUAGACGCCAACACCUGCCGCUCAUCAUGUGCCCUGAUUGCCAGGAGGUCAGGGUGGAGACAAACAUCUGCAGCAAAGAAGGGCCGAACGAGGGGAGGCGCUUCUACAAGUGCCCGAUUGACAGUGGCCCAGACAAGUGCGGCUGGUUCAGGUGGGAAGAUGUUUACGCCGGAAUCAUUCGGCGGAGGGAAGCUCGCCUGAGGUAUGUAGACCCAUACGGUGUCCAAGGUUCGAGCCAAGGUAUGGCUGGACAUGCUACGCAGACGCAGCCGGAGCAGGCACCCGAGAUCGUCAGGCAGCAGCGGACUGAGCAAGCACAGGCCAGGGGAGGCCGCGACUGUCUCUUCAUCUGCCUCAUGGUGAUCAACAUGAUCUUCACCCUGACCAUCCUUUCACGGGUGUGAUGAGCUACUGUCAAGCACCCUAUCCGUUCUAAUCGUAGACAUAUGUUUUCCAAUUAUCCACUGUAAUCCUUUCCCUCUAGUUCUAGUUGCGAGUCACUGAGCCUGUUGAUUAGGUCGUUAAUGGGUCAUCGAGUUAGCAUGCAAAAGCUUGUCAGUGUAUGCUUCAAGUUUAUGUUAAUUAAUAACCAGCUCAUCAAUGUAUGAUUAUCUGCAUCAUCGGAUGGACACGCUAAUCAGUCUGGCCAGCGGAAAAAUGUUGACAUAGUCAGAGAGAGGCCCCACUUUUUGCUUGACUGGUGAUAUCUACUUGCUGGACGUAGUAAAUUGUGUUGACUAGUCAGGUCGGGUGUUAACUCUGUCGCCAACUGUGCACACAACCACCAUCACCCAACAGUAAAUAGAACGCGCGCUGAAACUAGAAGGGAGCGGUGCGAGCCAUCUCCCCUGCUUUUCUGCCUCGCUCACCGCACGCCAUCUCGGCAUCUCCUUCCUCCCCCACCAGCGCUGAAGCUUGCAUCGUAUCCAUGGCACCAGCCACUUAAGCAAACGGGUUCAGCCCUGCGAGUCGAGGAUUCAAGCAAGAAGAGGAGGCAGUGAGGAUUCAAGCAAGAACAUGAGGCAGGUUUUUGUGCUCGACAAUUUGGACCUGGGUCAGCAAACUCCUCGAGACCCUUCGACGCCCAGGGUCUGUGUUUUCGAUUAUGACAUCACCCGCAAGAUGAUAGAGGCGCUCAGUUGCAGUCAAGGUGGUGAACCAGCAUUUUCAAUCUCCAGGGCUUUCAGGUCUGACGAUGUCGGUUACUCUCGCAUUUACAUAAUGCGGAAUCCCUCACCAAACCGGUUGCUCUGUCAGAAGAGCCACAUGUUCAGGACACCAGAAUCAAAUGCUACAAGGUACAAUUCAAGCGCGACACCCAACUCAAAUAGGCGGGGCACAGCUAGGAAAGGCCCUGCCGACUUUGCAAACCAUCUUCGUGCCCGGUAUCCGAGCCUUUUCUCACACCCAGUAGCAAUUUAUCUGAGAGAACACAAUGCCCGUGUCAUGCGCAACAUGUUCGAAUUGCAGCAGGCAUCACACGACGAGAUGGUUGCUUUUGCAGACAAGAUAAUGAUUAGUUUAGCCGAUGGGUUUUUACCGAGUAACUUCAACACCCCUGGGCAUGAAACUCAUGCAUUGCGAGACAUUGCAAUUGCUGGUGCAUCACAUACCCCUAUCAAUGUCCCACCAAUCCGUUCUUUGGGUGCUAGCUUGCCGCCUGCAGUACAUGCGGAUGCUUGCUCGGCAAAUCAUUCUAAUAGCCACAGUCUAGUGCCUGGGAAGCGCAAGGAACUAGGUACAACACCAUCGAGCAGCCGGCACUCUGUUGGAUCAGCUACAUCCGGCAUACACAGCACGGGUGGACCAAACAUGAAGAGAAUAUGUAUCCAGCAGCCCUCAUUUGAAGAUGACAAUGAUAUUUGUCCUCCGUAUAGCAAAGGGAAGACAAGUCAUUCGCACCGCAAUAACCCAGAUGCUUCAUGCGCUGAAUCAAAGGCCGCGGCACAGUUUGCUAGUGAUAUCAUAUCAGAGUUAAUAAUCUUAUAUGCAGACAAACACCCAGAUGGAUGCCAAGGCUCGAUUACUUUUGGCCAGAGUUUUUAUGAACACAAUGAGAAAAUCCUGCUAGCUGGAGCUAACAUGGCACGCGAUCCUUGGUCAGCUGGUUCCGUGCCAUCCGCCCCGUCAGCAGUUGCAUGUUCAGCUAUAAAGGAUUGGUUUGCUAGCACAGCAGAGUGUACAUUGUCUAGGGUCUGGGUCAUCCACAAGUGUCCAAGGCUAAUAUACAUGACCGGGACACACAUUGCUGACCAGCUUAUUAAGGGCCAACCGAUCAGUCAUGAGAUGUGCGCAGUCAUUAUGCGGCGGUUCGGCCAGAUCGACGCAACGCUAAACUGCGAUGAACCUGGGCUGAGGUGGAAAAAAUUCAUGGAGCCAGACUUUGCUACCUUUGCUAUUGCCGAUGGAGAGCUAACAACAAUUAGGUCUAUCCGGCAACAAUUCAAGCAAGAUCCCAUGUCAUUCAAAGUUGCAUCCUUUCGUAUGUUUUAUGCUCCUGCCAUUCUACCAUUGGGGUGGUGCCUAUACGCCUUUGAUUUCACAAAGAAAAAGAUUACCGUUCUAGACCCACUCGUUGGCACGACUGGUUUCAGCAACGAAAGCAUCAGGUUGCACGAGUACGCAACCGGGAAAAUCCUUGAUGGGUUGUUCUUGUGUGCGAGGCACUUCUACUCCAACUGGCCCUACAAAAUAGAAAGAUGGACCAGGGACUUCCCCAUGAUCAUGGAGGACAAUUUUACUAGCGAGGAAUCUGGGCUUUGUGUGACUUUCUUAUCCAAAUUUUUCGAUGGUGAGAAGCUCGUGAAGUCACUAAACAAGGAUUAUUUAGAUGCAUUUUUUCCAAUCCUUGGUUGUAAGGCUGGAUCAUUAUGAUAUGUGCAGCGAGAACUUACAUGAACAACUCAUCAUUGUGGCAAGCCAAUGCUUCCUGAUAGAAAUUGACCCAACGAAAUGCAACUGG